AUAUCUUAAAAUCUUUUCUUGUGCUGGAUCACAAUGGAGUUCCCUGAGACUGGCAAACAUUGUUCAAUGAAAGAUUGCAAAUUAUUGGAUUUUUUGCCUUUUGUGUGUGAGCAUUGUCAAGCCACUUUCUGUAAAGAACACUUUCAUAUGGUGUCACACGAAUGUUUAAAAGCAGAGAAUGCAAAACUUGCCAUAGAAAAAUCAACAAAUUUUUUAUGCUCUGAAAAGUCCUGCAAGGUAAUAUCAUUAAUUGAGAUGCCUUGCAUCAAGUGUAAACAACAUUUUUGUGUGAUGCACAGGCAUCAUGGAUGCUUGGAAUUAAGUGAAACCGAGAAAACUCAGAAACUGAAAAAAUGGCAAAUACCCAAGAAACAAUUUGCAGAAGCAAAAGCUGUUGUAGAUCAACAAAUUGCAGACAGCUUGAGAAAAUCUAAGAAUACAGCAAUGGCAAAUAAGGUACAACUCAUGCGUGUGAAGGGUUCUGCAAUUGGUCCCAAAAAUGUACCAACGAGCGAGAGAUGUUAUUUUCUUGUGCAUUUGCCGCUCACAGUUAAAAAUAAACACAUAGGCACAUCUAAAGGUGUUUUUGUUAACAUGCAGUGGACAAUAGGCAAAUGUAUAGAUUCAAUGGCAGAUACACUUAAAGUUCCCACUAAUACUGAUGCAACCAUUGUAAAUAAACUACAACUUUUCCAUCAUUCUAAUGGAGCUCUAAUAUAUGCUGAGAUGGAUACACCUUUAAUCAAAUUAUUUGAAAAUUCUACUAUUGUUGAUGGACAGCGAGUUAUCCUAGAAUAUUCUAAUAAUGUACCUAUAGACACAUCCUUGUAUAAAUAGAUUGUUUAUUUUGUCAUAUAAUAAAAAUUCUCAUAUAAAAUUAUCUACUAUAUAUAGUAAUAGCCCACCAAUUAGAUAACUAUUGAGCAAUGUGAAUACGAUAGUUCUUUAUUUUACUUGUGUGAUGUAUAAAAGACAUAAUAAGUUUUUAUCAAUAUAAUUUGAUUUAUUGACAAUGGCAAAAUAACACAUAUCUUUUAGAAUAAUACCUAUUUAUUACAAACUAGAAGAUUUCAUAUCAGUGGUUUUACAGU